UCUCUGUCUCUCCCGUCUAAGCUAUGAACAAUCUCUGUUUUCAAGACGUUGUCUCUCUCUUUGUCAUGAUGGUGGUUACUGUUCUUCUUCCUCACCUCACUCUUUUUGCUUCAUCUACAUAUUCUCGUCCAGAGAAGUUUUACGUCAACUGUGGGUCGCAUUCUAAUGUCACUUAUGGUGGUCGCACUUUCGUCGGAGAUAUGACCUCUGGGGGUAACUAUGUUUUCUUCACCAGUGAAGGAACUGAAACCAGCAACCAAUCUGGAUCGUACACUGAGACAGGGAUCUAUCAGACGGUUAGAAUAUUCAAAUACCCUUCUUCUUACAAGUUCCAACUCGAUUCUGUUGGUCAACACUUUGUGCGUCUCCAUUUCUGUGCUGUCUCUUCCCGGACAGAGCUUUUAACUGCGAGUUUCACUGUCUCUGCUACUUCUGGUUCUAAUCAUCACUUGAAAAGCUUCUCGGUUCGAAAUUUCACUGAGACCCCACGAGUUGAGGAGUUUCUCUUGAUGAUUGACUCACCGGAAUUCGAAAUUCGAUUUGUCCCCGAUCGUUACUCUUUGGCUCUCGUCAACGCCAUAGAAGUGUUCUCUGCUCCUAAUGACCUUAAAAUUCAUUCAGAUUCAGACAAGAAUCUGCACACAAUUUACAGAUUAAACAUAGGAGGCGAGAGAAUCACACCAGAAAACGAUACCUUGGGACGAACUUGGUCGCUAGACGAUGACUUUCUCUACCGAAAAGAUUUCGUGGGAAACAUUUCAUCAACACAAAAGCCUAAAUACGAGCCAGGGUCAGCGACACAAUUCACUGCUCCUGAUUUUGUUUACCUGACGGCUAAAACAAUGAACUUUAGCGCGAUUUCCAUUAUGAAGGGGACAUUAAAAGCUACUUGGUCGUUUAAGGUCAAAUGUAACUAUAGACACUUCAUCAGGAUUCACUUAUGUGAUAUUUUGAGCAAGACAGAAAACCCUAACACAAAUGUUUAUCUCUAUGUAAACGGUCAUUGGCGAAUAGAUGUAACGCUUUCCGAUCACCUUAGGUUGGUGACUCCGUUUUAUAUCGAUGUUGUGAAUGUAUCUGAUGGUUCUGGACUCUUGAAUGUUAGUCUAGGUACUAAAGAUGAACUCGAUAGAAAAGCUGGUUUCCUCAAUGGUGUAGAGGUGAUGGAGUUUUUGAAAAACUCUGAUUCUUUAGAUGGAAGUAGUUCCCAGGUCUACAUCAUCGUUGUUGCUGUUGCAUUGUUUCUGGUCUUGGGUUUGUUGUUUAUAAUAUUACUGAAGCGGAGGCAAUCAAAGAAGAAGAAAUCAGACGUUGAAGUUGAAGUGACUGUAUGGUCUCCUUUGCCAUUGUACAGAGGAAGUGGGAGCACCGGCAAUCGACCUUUCUAUUCGGACAACAGUACACCACAAGCCAACCACCUACAGUUAGGCUUGAAGAUACCCAUGAGAGACAUUUUGAGAGCUACAAACAACUUCGACGAGCAGCGGUUGAUCGGGAAAGGCGGGUUUGGAGAUGUUUACAAAGCCAUUCUUCCAGAUGGAAGCAAAGUUGCAAUCAAGAGAGGAAAGGUCGGUUCAGGACAAGGGGUCACAGAGUUUCAAACAGAGAUUCAAGUCCUCACAAGAAUCUGGCACAAGCACCUCGUAUCUCUAACUGGAUACUGCAAAGAGAAGUCAGAAAUGAUCCUUGUCUACGAGUUUAUGGAGAAAGGUACGCUAAAAGAGCAUUUAUACGGCUCAGAUUUGCCUUCAUUGUCAUGGAAACAGAGACUAGAGAUUUGCGUUGGAGCAGCCAUAGGAUUGCAUUAUCUCCACAGUGACUUAGACAGAGCAGUCAUUCACAGCGAUAUCAAAUCCACAAACAUACUACUAGACGAGAACAACGUAGCCAAAGUUUCUGAUUUCGGGAUAUCAAAACUGGUCGUUCGUAAUCAAGAUCCGAUCAGUAUUAGCACUAACAUCAAAGGAACGUUUGGUUACCUCGAUCCUGAGUAUGCACUGACACGAAUCUUAACGGAGAAAUCGGAUGUGUACUCGUUCGGAGUUGUUCUUCUCGAGGUCUUGUGCGCGAGACCAGCUCUCGACCAUAACCUUCCCGACGAGGAAGUGAACCUCGCUGAGUGGGCGAUGUCCUGCAAAUCAAAAGGUGUGAUCGAUAAGAUCGUAGAUCCGAGAUUGACAGAUCAAAUCGAGCCUAAUUCUUUAAAGAAAUUCAUGGAAAUCGCCGAGAAGUGUUUGAAAGAGUACGGAGAUGAGAGGCCGAGCAUGGCGGAUGUGAUCUGGGAUCUGAAAUACGUUCUCCAUCUUCAGAUGAUUCACGAAGAUAGCACCGUAACGAUCUCCAGCUUUGGAGACGAAGGCUCGUUGGUGAAUCCCGAAGCUAACGAUUCUGAGCUGAGGAACCACCCGACGCCAUCGCCGAUAUUGCUGCUUGUUUCAAUUCCGCCGCUCUCUUCCUCAUAUCCACGGCGAUGGGACCUUCCGUCACAGCCUCAAUGCAUCUCUCAACCUCAGCAACCUUAAGCUCUCCGUCGACGACAUCAUUCCUCAUCCUUACUCCGAUUCCAUACACAUCUACAAGCAAUCUCGCAUCAAGCGGCUGAUCAAUCCAAUUCGGAUACGCCACCACCGGAACA